UUCCUGCCGACACAAGCACAUGGAACUAGCUAGUUUACACCUUACACACGCUAUUGCCUUAUACCACCAUUAUUGGCUUGCAGAUCGAGAUCUUAAAAGGAAGCAAUUUGCAAAUGCCAUGCUUAACGCUAUUUACAAAGGGAAGUUUAGGGAAGUAAGCGACUUAUUUAAAAGCAACCCAGAUGCAAUAUCUACAACAUUUGAAAAUGGAAAAACUGCUCUCCACGUUGCAAUUACUGCUGGUCAGCUAAGGGUUGCUAAGGAAUUGAUCACUAUUACUGGUACUGAAGCAAACAGUCGCCAAUUGAAGAUGAAAGAUGAGAGUGGCAACACAGCUCUUUCCUUUGCUGCUCGUAGUGGAAUGAUGGAAAUUGCAAAAUGCUUGAUUGAAAAGAACAAGGACUUGCUUAAUAUCCCAGAUGGCCUCGAUAGGCUCCCAGUUCAAUUGGCUUGCAAGGCAGGCCAUGAGGACAUGACUCGCUACCUCUACCGCGAGACCCGGAGAGAACGUCUAAGGGGAAACAAUGGCUUCUACCUCCUCGAAGAGUGUAUAACUAAGAAAAUGUUUGCUUUGGAUGAGGAUGAAUUUGUGCAAAGUGGAGCAGUGGAAGCAACCUUUCAAGCUAUCAAGAAUGGCACCCCUGAGAUUGCAAUAGAAAUUUUAAAAGUUAAUACAAAUAUAUUAUGGAACUAUGUUGAUCCUGAAGAUUCAAGGAACAUGUUUGCAUGUGCUAUAGCACAUCGUCAAGAGGAAGUGGCACAAUUUCUUUAUAAAUUUAAUGCAAGAAUUAGUACAAAUAUAGGUUUUACCGAGGAUCGAGAUGGAAACAAUUUAUUACAUAUAGCAGCAAAGUUAGCUCCUCGUACUCACCUUGAUUACAUCUCAGGCGCAGCUCUGCAGUUGCAAAGUGAGCUACGCUGGUUCGAGGAAGUGGAAGGCAUUGUUCCACAGUUCUACAACCAUCAAAAAAAUCAUGGUGGUGAAACUCCUUCCGAAGUGUUUGUUAAGGAACACAAGCAGUUGCUAAAAGAAGCGGAAGAAUGGAUGAAGAAAACGGCAGAAUCCUCUACAUUCGUAGGUGCUCUAAUCAUUACAAUUAUGUUUGCUGUGGCUUUUACUGUUCCUGGUGGGAAUGAUCAAAAUACAGGCUUCCCAAUAUUUUUGAACAAAACAGCAGACUCUUCUACAGUAUCUUCUCCAACCGUGCCAUUCAUGAUAUUUGUAGCAUCAGAUGCAAUUUCUCUUUUUGCUGCAUCUAGUUCGGUGCUAAUGUUUUUGGGGAUUCUUACUUCACGUUAUGCUUAUAAAGAUUUCCUUAAAUCCUUACCCGUGAAGUUGAUUGUUGGCAUAUCUUCACUCUUCAUCUCUAUUGCAGCAAUGAUGGUAGCAUUUUGUGUUGCUCUUUUCAUUAUGCUACAAGGUCGAUUGUGGAUAAUCAUACCAGUAACUUUGUUUGCUGGUGUUCCAGUCAUUAUCUUUGUACUGUUGCAGUUUCCUUUUCUCAUUGAGCUUUAUACUUCCACUUUUAGACGAGGCAUCUUUGAAGGGAAAUGAACAGCUUAGAAAAAGGAAGAGAGGGAAUCACUCCAACAACAGGUUCUGGCUCUCUAAACUUUUGAUCCCAAUCGAAAAAGGCUUUAGCUCCAGUAACUCAAAGAUAGAUGUUCUGUCAUUUUAAGUCUAGUAAUUAGACGAGUGUGCUCUAUAUGUAUUGAAACUGCAAGAAACAUUUGGUGGGUGUGUAUUCUUCGAAGAUUUCAUGUACUUUUGUAAGUGCCAAACUCUUUCUGCAAUCAAAGAUUUAUGUGAAU